AUGGCCGAAUUACAAGAUAUGGAUGAAAUUACCGGUGGAACACUGGCGACUGGUCUACUCCUCAAAAUGAUAUUCACAUUGUUUGGAUCAUCUCUUGGAGCGUACACUGGACAGUUUGAAACGAUAUUAAGAGACGAACAUGUUGGUGGAGCCACCGGUGGACUAUUAGGAUUCGUGAUUGCAGAAGUUUGGCUGAAACAUUUCCCUCCUGUUUCUCGAUUUGGAAAGAAAGGAUAUUGA